ACUAUUGGCGCGAUGAGCAGACCUGCGAGGUCUCGAGUGGGCGAGAGGGGCGGGCUGCCAGCUAACAAUCGAGCUUGGAUUGUUGGUGGGCGAUCGGAGUGGCUAGGGCAAAGUUAAAUAUGGACCCGAAACGCGACUGGAAGAAGGGGUAAAAAAGGCAGAAGGAGUACGGAGAAAAGGGUGAUUGGGUUCUGCAAGCCCACGAGAGGCUGUUAUAGCGAUAAUCAUCCACAUAUGGAGGCGGCGAUGACAUCGUUGCCAGAGGUGGCCGUAAACGGCACAGUGUUUCUUGGUCGUCGACAUCAUCGACAGGGAUGGAAAUCGAUCGAGGGCCGUGCUGCAACGCCGAGUCGAUCUGCGCUGGCCCAAUGGGAGGCGCGGUUGAAAUUUGGGUCAGCCCAAUCCUCGCAAUUUUGCUGGAUGUUUUUAGUAUGCUGCGACGUAGCAAAGAGGAGAGUACAGUACGUGACGACGAUGGCCCAUGCAGACCGUCCUACCGAGCCAGUGCAGCUUCAUCUUUUGAGGCUGGUUCUCGUGUUCUGUGUUUUUCGCCACGUCGCACAGCCACAACCUGCAUUCCGAUGCAGCAAUCAUGCAGCUAAUGGCCUCCAUGGUCGCGAUAGGGAGGAGAGGAGAGUAAACAGGCGACUGCCGUGGGGGCAGCAAUCUCCCUCGGCAUGCCCGACCCAGCCACAGUGGGCACCAGCCACGGUCACCUGUUCAAGCUAAUUCCUGCUCAACAAAUCACAAGAACAGGUCGUACUUAGUAUACGACUAGAAGAGAGACAUACGGAAGGUUCCCAGCCCUGCUGGCCGAUCGAACGGAGAUGGGCCGAACAGAUAGUGCUGAUACUUAGUCGGCGCGUGGAG